AGCGCAGCGCGUGCGCUACGUAGCCAUCUUGUGUAGAGCAGAGGAAGCGGAGCCGUUAGCUCGAGAUCUGCGUUGACAGCAGACGAACUGACAAACAAACCGUCGCUCUGCUCCCGACAGACUCCGCUAGCGCCAGAAACGGAUAGUAAACAUGCGUUACUACGUGUCGAGAUGUCUAUCCGAUGUGUUUCACGGAGGAUGUGUGCUUCUGAAGAAGGGAGAGUGUUGAGAACCGAAGGCGCCUCAGAGUCACGUUGAAUCCGGAGACUGGAGAAUUUCAACCGCGAGAGCGGCCUGACAGAAACUCUCACACCGGGACACGGCCUUCGUUUAGGCCACGGAGAAUAGAGAUACGGGCUCGGAAGGAUUAAACACAGCUGGAAUAAAGCUGCCAUUGUGUUUGGAGCUUCAAUUUAAAGGAUUUAAAGGAGUGAAAAUGCCGCGAUGAGGGAGUCCUGAGUUAGCGUUACGCUAACUGAAAAUUACAUGACAUUUUCAUACACAUUGCGUUACUACGCUUACAUUGGAGCUGUGCGCUUCAGUCUGACACGUUGAGAUCAGAGCAACGCGCUUAAAGCUGUCAACAUGUCUAAAAUGCCGUCGAAAAAGAAGAGCUGUUUUCAGAUCACCAGCGUAACGCAGGCUGCGCAGGUGGCCGCCAGCAGCAACACGGACGACACCGAGAGUUUAGACGACCCGGACGAGCCCAGAACUGAGGACAUGUCCUCAUCCGAGAUAUACGACAUGUCCAAAGCUGGAGAUUUCGAGCCGGAGGCGUGUGAUGUCAGUUUGUCGGAUGAAUCGCUUCAUAACGAUGCUGAAACAUCUGGCCAAGAUGGUCCCAUAACGACCAUACCUGGUUCUCGUAGCCCAGGUGCUGUUCAUAUAAACCCAAAUGUCCGUGCAUUGGGCGGGACCGUAUCUUCCCAGUCUUCAGGUUCAGCUGCAUCUAAUGCACCAUCCAGCACAUCACAGACUUCAUCGGUUAGCAGUUCUGCCACAGUAAGUAGCUGCAGCUCCCGUUUCAGGGUCAUCAAAUUAGAUCAUGGUACGGGCGAACCCUUCAAAAGAGGUAGGUGGACUUGCACUGAGUUUUAUGAGCGAGAUACGGAUGCUUCCUCGUCCGCGCGGACUGUGGAUAACGUCAAGCACGUUGGCACCACGGACCAUGGCGCGGACAGGGAUGCACUAGGAGUUGCGGGAGGUUCGGUGGCUGCUCAUGUUGGGCUUUCAACACCUGCAGCAGAACCACACACCAAUAGCGGUUACAUAUUUGCACCAUCGAACCCACCUGUGGAGGGUCAGCAGCAAACCUUUGGCAGUUCGCAGCAGGGAUUAGGGCUUGUAGCCCAGAACCUUUACGGCGAUGCCCACGCUCAACAUGUCAAAUCUCCCAGCAUGCCUUCGACAACUCAGCCACAGCCAUUUUUCCCGGGGAAGCAGGCACAGAAACCUGGCCAGAUUCUUCAGACUGUUAUUCCAUCGAACCAGGCUGACUACAGAGCGCCGCAACCUCCCGGGUCUCCGGCCCAGACCGUCUCAGUGACUUCUCUUCCGCUCGUGACCCCCUUGAACCAGGGUCCGUCACCUGUCAUGACUCCUGCAGCGGGAAGCGCUCACAUGCUCGGAUUAGUUCCUCAGCCCGUGGAUGGCAGAGGGCUUCCCAUCAGCCAGCCGGAGCAUGUUCAGGGGCUUUUACAGCAGUCGGGUAUCAACACGGCUCUAGGGACUGUGUCAGCCGCAGCUGUUGUACAACAGGCACCAGUGCCGCUCAUCCAGCCAGCAGUAACUGUGUCUGUCAGCCCCCAUGCUGUGGUCCCUGGUGUGCAAAAUGUGCCUGUUAUGUCCAGUGCCUCUAAUACCCCCCAGGGCAUGCCAAAACAGAUGCCGGCCCCCCAGCAGAAUCCGCCUCAGGGAGUCCACAGCGGUUCAGUAGUAGGACUGGGUGCGCUGACAACCCCCGCUAACUUUAGCCAGCUUCCCACCGGCGUCGCCCUGGCCAAUGAGAACCAGAGGAAGCCCGACGGGCUACUCCAGAGCUCUGUGCUCAUAGGAAAAGAUGCCAUCAAACCCCUGAAUCCCGAAGGCUUGCAGCUUCCUACACCUGCUGUCAGCAGCCUGUUUGGAAUAGCUAUUACCAUUGAUGGGGAUGAGGACAGUGCCUCUGGCGCCAGUGUUGUGGCCAUUGAUAACAAAAUAGAGCAAGCUAUGGAUCUUGUGAAAAGCCAUUUAAUGUACGCCGUGCGCGAGGAAGUGGAGGUCUUGAAGGAGCAGAUCAAGGAGCUCUAUGAGAGGAACUCGCUUCUGGAGAGGGAGAACGCAGUAUUAAAAUCUCUGGCCAACACUGAGCAGCUGACCCAGCUCAACAACCUCGGCAGCACUUCACCCCAACAGACGGCGGUCAACGCCAUCCUACAGGAAGGAAGCAAACUCGUGGCCUUGCCCCCGCAACCCAACGUGUCCACAGCGUGAAGAACAACAAAAAAAUGA